AGAUAAUACACUGCUUACUUUUCACAGAUACUGAAUUGUCUCCUAAAAUCUUCUGAAACCCGAACCUCGCUAUAAAGGGGAGACCAGACCACUGACCCCUACCAACCAGAGAUGGACACAAGACAGGACUUUCAUUUUUAAGACCUAAUUGCAGUCAAUAAGGCAAGGAUAAAAAAACUGGAUACCAGCUCCGACAUGGUUACUAUAUCUCAAAAUAGCAGAUGACCAGUUUACCAUACUGAUCAUGCUGGCCUUUCUUCAGGACCAUCCUGGACCAGAGAGGAACAGAGAACUCUUACACCGUCUGCAAUUCCUGUGCAAAAUACAGCUCCUGAAUACAUUCUGCUGGACACAAAAAUGUCCCAUCCUUUACAUUUCCUGAACGGGUCUGGAGCUGGCAAUGGAUCUUUGUCGCCUCUCUCAGUAACAGGAGAGCCCAAGCAGGACUACCCAGGUGACGAACAAGGAAACAAAGUGCAAGUGCGUUGGUCAGCUUUACUGAUCCUCCUGGUGAUAAUCCCCACCAUUGGGGGGAACAUACUUGUCAUACUGGCAGUGUCUCUGGAGAAAAAAUUACAAUAUGCUACCAACUACUUUUUGACAUCCUUGGCGGUGGCAGAUUUGCUCGUGGGUCUGUUUGUGAUGCCGAUUGCCCUUCUCACAAUAUUAUUUGACAAUGCCUGGCCUUUUCCAGCUGCCCUGUGUCCUAUAUGGCUGUUUCUUGAUGUCCUCUUUUCCACGGCUUCCAUCAUGCACCUCUGUGCCAUCUCACUAGACCGCUAUAUUGCGAUUAAAAAGCCAAUCCAGGCUAGUCAGUACAAUUCAUGGGCUACAACAAUCAUCAAAAUCAUCGUGGUUUGGCUCAUUUCCAUAGGCAUUGCUAUUCCAGUUCCUAUCAGAGGCAUUGAAGAUGGAAACAGUAGCUCUACAAACAUCACAUGUGUCCUGAUGCCUGAUCGUUUUCAUGACUUCAUUCUGUUUGGAUCAGUGGCUGCCUUCUUCAUUCCCCUCACUAUCAUGGUAGUCACUUAUUUUCUGACAAUCCAAGUGCUGCGCAAGAAGGCCUACUUGAUCAACAAGCCACCUCAGCGCUUCACCUGGUCAACAGUGUCCACAGUGUUUCAGCGUGAUGUAACACCUGCCUCCUCACCAGAAAAGGUGGCCAUGCUAAAUGGCUCCAGAAGGGACAAGACUUUGUCCAAUGAUGUGCCUAUCUGCAGAACAUCUACAAUUGGAAGGAAGUCCAUGCAAACAAUAACCAAUGAACAAAGGGCAUCAAAAGUCCUGGGGAUUGUAUUUUUUCUUUUCUUGUUGAUGUGGUGCCCAUUCUUCAUAACCAACAUAAGUUCAGUUCUGUGCAACUCCUGCAACCAGAAGGUUUUUCAAAAGCUUAUGGAGAUAUUUGUUUGGAUAGGAUAUGUAUCUUCAGGAGUGAACCCUCUUGUCUACACACUCUUCAACAAAACAUUUAGGGAGGCCUUCAGCAGGUAUAUCACUUGCAACUAUCGGACCACAAAGCCUAUCAAGGCCCUUUGGAAGAAGCGAUCAAGCAGAAUCUCUUUCAGAAGCUCUGUGGCAGAAAAUUCCAAGCUCUUUGUCAUGCAUGGGAUGAGAAAUGGGAUUAACCCCAUUAUAUACCAGAGCCCAAUGAGGCUGAGGAGCUCACCCAUCCAAACAUCUUCAGCUGUUCUGCUGGAUACAUUGCUGCUCACAGAGAAUGAAGUUGAUAAAACAGAAGAACAAGUCAGCUAUGUAUAGUGGAAUGACAGCCAUGUCCAUAACAUAGUAUUACUGUAUGUAUCAUUAUAGUAUCUGUGCUAUAAGAGGGUAUAAAUACUAUUGUUUUAUGUUAUUUAUGCAAGCAAUAUCUUAUACAUUUAUACUAAUUCCUCUCCUCCAAAGUCUCCUCUAUUUUAACUGCAACCCCAUGGUGGCAACCACAACUUCAUGCUGUGAUAAAUGACUAAUGCCCAACUGUAGCCUACAGGAAGAGGGUAAUAAAUAAAAGCUAAAUCAGU